GUGAAAACAGUGCACAAAAUCGGUUCGGUCCGAAAGUUUCCGCGGACUUUUUGUCAAUGUGAUUGGUGGGUUGGUAAAAAAAUGAAGUGGUUUCAAGGUGAUGACGAUGAAGAAGAAGACCUUAUGUGUUCCCCCGCUUUUCUGGCGAGACGUGCCUCGGAAAGUUGGAUUGAGACGCCACCUGUUGAGAACAUAGCCCCUCAAACUUCGUUGCAAAGGAAGAAAUCACUGCCCGAUUUCCAAGAUCUGCCCCGGGCGACAGGUGCCAUGUCUAGGGAAGAGGUUUCGUACUUGGGCUCGGCCCGUCGAGAAGAGAUUCGAAGACAAGCAGACGAAUACGAAAGACUUCGUGCCAAUCCGCUUCUGUAUCUAGUCAGUCCCCAAGUCAAGGACUGGUUCUCGCGGCAACAGUUGGUCCUUGUAGUUCUUUUCAUCAACAUCUCCCUGGCCAUUAUGUUCUUCAAGCUGCUGACAUAGUACAGGCUGAGCGUCGAUGGACGCAAGGGGACAAGUUAGAGAACAAAACAUGUUUAAAACGUUUUCAAUAUACCAAAUAAAGACAUUUUUUACAGCAUCAAUUUUGGGCCAUGCUUCGGUGGGCAGUUGCAGAUCUGUACAGCGAAAUUGUUUCGAAUUUUGGUGGCAAUUGCCACCACUCGGUAAAAAUGCUGUAAUUAACUUUUCGGUUUGAACCAAUCAAUUAAAUAAGAUUUAUCAAUUAUAAAAAUUUUAAUGCAUACAGGCACUAUAUAAUAUUAUAAUCUUAAGGUUUCAAGCACACACAAUAUUUCUCCUAGUUAAAUAUUUCAAGCUACUAUACGUUUAGUUUUCGAUUAGGUAUAGGCGACUGAAGGAAGCGCUAAAAUUGGCAACAUUGCUCAGUCCACUCUCGUUGUCCGCGGAAAAUCGAACGACGGAGUUAGAAUCGGCGAGUAGCGUGGGAAGUGGGACCGUCUGAUACUCCACAGCGCGCGUUGUUGACAUUUAUAGCCCAUAUAUCUAAUUUAAAACUAAACAUGCUGUAUAUUUGGUUUAUGGUUUUCGUUGUACAGAUCUGUCACGUCUAGUUAACCAUUGCGUGAUAUUUUAUGGAUAAGAAAAAUGCUGUGCCGUUUUGGGAACAUUUUUUGCUGUUGGAUUUUUUGUCAGAUUUUAUAAAAAUGUUUCUGGUAGUCGCGUUUUUUUACUCUUUGUUUCAAAUAUUUAUUCACAAACUAUUGGUUGUUGUUGGUGAUAGAAUUUUGUUGAAGAGAGUUCGACAUCUACCUGUGGUUUUUUGGUUGAUUGUACCAAGUUUCUAACAAACUUAUAUUUUUAUAAAAUUCUUAUAAAAUUCUUAUAAUAUUCUUAUAAAAUUCUUAUAAAAUUCUUAUAAAAUUCUUAUAAAAUUCUUAUAAAAUUCUUAUAAAACUCUUAUAAACUAUUUAUGAAACUCUUAUAAAAUUCUUAUAAAAUUCUUAUGAGAUUAUAAAAUUUUUAUAUAAAUUUAUCAAAUAUAUUUUGCGUACAAAGUUGGACAAAGUGGACAAAACCAAAUUAUGUUUUAUAUUAAUUAUUUAACAAUGUUUGAUAUUGCCUAUUAAUUUAAGUAGACACAUUGUAUAAAUAUAAAUUGAUUUUAUUAGUCUAAAUUUUUGUACAUCAAUUUUAGGUAUCUACCAAUUUUUAUAAAUAUUUUCUUAGACGAAAAGUUUUAUAAAACUUCUUGCAUUAGAAUACUUUAUAAAUUUUUAUAAAAAUAUUUCCAUAUCUCGCAAAUAUUGAAAUAUAUUGUGACAGAAAGUAAAUGUAUUCAAAUUUGUUAUAGAAUGAAUUUUUCAUACAGUCUAUAAUAAAGGAAUAAAUCGAAAAUUUUGUGUAUUUUGUCCAACAUUUUGUUAUUUUUAGAGAAAAAUUAUUGGUUUUUAGUCCAAUCGUCAGAAAUUUGAUCUUUAAAAAUCAUACUAAUCAGCUGUAUUUUGCUGAGAAUGUGAAUUUUGAGGCCCUCAAAAGAUGCAAAAAAGUUUACCACCCCUACCUCCGGUUCCCCCCUAAACCCCCUCGUAGAAGGGGAAUGAUAAACAUUGAUUUAAAAAGAAUCUAUGCCUUAGAAAAAAAUAUUUCAAACAAGAAAUAUAGCUGAGAUAAUUUUAAGCAAAAAUGUUUGUUAGUACAUUUUGUGUAGAAUGAACCGUUCUCUCAGAAACAACGCUUGACGCGGCCGGCAAUUUUGAAUAUCAGUUACGUGCACGAAAUCAAUUUUUUAUAUAAAAUUCAUAUCAAUUCAAACGUAAAAAUGUAUUAUCUAUUGAUAUGAGAGUGUCCUAUGACAAAAACAAAGUGCGUUUUAAAGGUAAAAAGUGCAGUUUUCAUAUAAAAUUUUUGAAUUUUUCCGAAAAUGCACAAAAAAUACAAAAUUACAUACAAAAGCUGCACUUUUUAUCUUAUAAAAUGCAGUUUUAUUUUUGUCCAUAGGACACUUUAAUAAAAGAAUAUCGCAUUUUUACCGUCGAGUUGAUAUGUUUUAUUUAAAAAAUUGAUUUCGCGCACAUAAUUGACAUUCAAUAUAGCCAGUGGCUUAAAGCGUUGUUUAUGAGAGAAUCUAUACAAAACGUUGUUUCUAUACAAACACUGUUAGUAAAUAUUUUUAUUCAAAAUUAACUCAAUUUUUUAUUUAAAAUAUUUUAUCUACGGCCUACAUAUUCUUGGUAAAUCCAUGUUUUCUGAUUUCUUCCAUUAAGUAGGAGUUUUAGCGGAAUACUCGGGGAUACGAAGGCAGCUUUUUUAGGAGUACCAAAAUUAAUAUUCCCAGCAAAAUUCAGUUUGCUCGUAUAGUUUUGAGAGGUGCAGUGGCAUUUUUGUUUCUGAUGACUGGACUAUUAAGUCAAUAAAGUUUCAACAUUCAAUAAACAAGACUUUGUAGCACAAAAGUUAGCACCCAUCGAAGACACCAUAUAACUCAGUAAAAAUCUGGGUUCCUAGUACUUUGAAUACCAUCUUAAAAUAUAAUUUUAAUUAUUAAAAAUUAAUUAGUUAGGUCCUUAACAAGUUCUACUUUUUUGAAAACUAGUAGCAAAUUGGAGCAAGGCACCAAUUCUACGUUAAAUUGACUAAUAACAAUAUAGUGCGGAUGUAAAUAAUAAUUAUUAUGCUAGUAAUAACUGAAAAUUUUCAUUCCCAAAGUGCCAAAACCGUUAUUUAUUAUCUAAAUUUUUAUUUAGAUAUUUUCUUAUACAGUGAAUAAAAAUCUAAUAGUCCAUAGUACAUAUUCCUUAAAAGUCUUAAAAAUGGUCUUAACUGCUUCGUUCGAGCGAGUCUACCACUUUCUGAAAAAUUUAAUAGUGCAGGUUGGACGCGUUUUUGCGUCCCGCGUCAUUAACAUAUUUACGUUGUCGGAUUAACGAAAUGCGGCUGUAAAUUUGUCGAACAAGAGAUCGACAAUCUUUAUUAAUUAAAUAUAAGUACUUUCAAUUGAAAAUUAAGAGUUUUGUAAUACUUAACAAAACUUCCGCGCUAGAGUGACAUCUUACGGGUGUCGCACUCGAUUUUGUUUUUUCAAUUUAAAGUACUUAUAUUUAAUUAAUAAAGAUUGUCGAUCUCUUGUCCGACAAAUUUACAGCCGCGUUCGUUAGUCCGACAACGUAAAUGUGUUAAUGACUCGGGACGCGAAAACGCGUCUAAUCUGCAUCCUGAAAUUUUUCAGAAAGUGGUAAGACUCGCUCAAACGAAACAGUUAAGACCAUUUUUAAGACUUUUGUAAUCAUCUUCCAAAAAGGACGAUGUACUACGGACUAUAAUUAACACAACCAAGUAAUAAUAUAGAGUUACUUUUUUUGUAUUUCAAGAUAAAAUAAUAAGAUGACAAGAAACAUAAUUAACGAUUCAUUGAUAAACGAAAGGUCUAGUGCGCAUGUGAAGACCUGUAGAAACCAAAGCUUUUGAAAGCUUCAACUAACUACACUCCAAAAGCAAUGGAAAUAUUGUGGUUUUGUCUGGAGUUACAAUUUAAUAAGUGUACAGCUAGUUUUUUAUAUUUAUAAAGAAGUAACAAAGAAUCAUUGGGAAUUUACGUAGUAAUAUCAAAAUAUUUAUACAUUUACGCUAAACUACGAUCAUAAUCGUAUUUACGCUAGCCUUUUCUGACUUUCAUAUCUGGAAUCUUCAAAAAGGUCUAUCACCACAACAAAAUGGUUUCUUCUAGUAAAAAAGCGAGACUUCAAUUAUUAAAAUACUUUAUUAUAAUUGACUUGUUAUUGUAAGAUUUUAAAGCAAAGUAUAUUUUAGUUUUAGCUUAUAAAUAUUUAUAUUAGACUUUUUAGUCUAUUCUUGUUAUCUUUGUGGAAAUUUUUAAUUUGCCAAUAUAUUGGUUCUCUUCUA